AUGCAGCAUUCAUGCCAUUUCAGUCAGCAUCCCCUAGCCUGGGAUAUCUCCAUGCUAGAGGAGCAUCCUUUCUUUGCUCACCUUCCUCCUCCUCCUCCAUACCACGACAGCUUCGAGAGCAGCUCCGGGGAGCCCUCGAAAUGCAAGACCAAGGGGACCAAAGAAAGAGCCAAGAAGGGUAUGAACGAUGAACAUCCCGAAGAGCCAGAAAUCAGGUCCGGUCAUUCCUGUGGCCGUGGCCGGCGCGGAUUUCAUCAUCGCCAUCCGGGACUAGGACAUCACCUCCAUCCCCACGUACACGAGCAUGACGAGGAGCAUGGAUUCAGCCGAUGGUCCGAACAGGAGGGACUGGGAUUCGGACAUCACCACCACCACAGAUAUAAUCACCCCUGGGGAAUGUUCCGCGGACUAGGACGAGGCAGAGGCAGAGGCAGAGGCAGAGGCAGGGGCAGGGGCAGGGGCUUCGGCCCUCACUUUUACCACUUCCACCAUGCGAUGCAUCCCGGCUUCCACUCUUUUCACCACUCACACGACCCGACCAGGUUCACGCCCCCGCUCGAUGUCUUCGUCACACCUACCCACACCAUCAUCCACGUCUCGCUCCCGGGAGCUCAAAGAUCGGAUUUGAGCGUUGCGUAUGAUGCAUCGCGUGCCGUGCUCCGCAUGGCUGGGGUUGUGCUCCGUCCCGGAGUUGAUGACGAGAUGCGUCGGGCUUUGCUAAUCGGGGAGAGAGGGCGUCAUUUGGGGGUGUUUGAAAGGGAGAUGCCGAUCUCCCACAGCGUUGCCGUCGAGGGGAUCCGUGCUCGACUGGUUGAUGGCGUUCUGCGGGUUGCACUUCCUAGAGUUGAGGGAGACGUUCCACAACCCGACGAGGAGAUGGACGAGGUGGACAGGGAGAGUGCAAGCAGGGAAUUCAACAGUGAUGGGAAAGAGGAAGAACGUGAGGUGGAAGACGAAGUUGAGCGGGAGUAUGUGAAGGUGGAUAUCCAGUGA